AUGUCCCAGCCUCUGACCUUUCUUGUCGCUUUUUCUGCCGUCGUCGGCACCUCUGAAGCUAUUCGACAGAUUCAAUCGGAUUCUAGAAGAAAGGAACAUAGGAGUCGAAAGAAUCACCUAAUAGUACGAUGUCCUAAGUCUUCGCAGUAUAGCCCAAGCCUCGAAGGUCGACGUGUAGUGCUUUCAGGGGAUAAGCUUUACAUCGAUACCGGGGGCGACCAUGAGCAAGUCUUUGGUCAUCCCUUCACAGGGUAUUUUCUACCUUAUCCCGAUACGAAGUACUCCGGUCUUGUAUCAACGAUAUGCGAUGAGCCCCCUAUCAUGAACUGGAUCUAUAUCGAUCGGAAUACGUACGAACUGAAGUUUGGUACACGCCCAUCUGCGCAGCCCAAUUGGCCCGGACCAUUUGACUGUUCUCGGCAAGAUCGCAGGCUGACAUUUGCUGGUUGGGAGGGGUUCUUCGCCGUUAGAGAUGGCGAAUUUUGGGCUCUAUUUUUCGACGUUGACCAGAACAAUUUAAAGUCAAAAGUAAAGGAAGGAACCCCAGUGCUUGAAAUAGAGCUUCUAAGGACGGAGAUGCGAGUUAAACCGGUCAAAAAUGAAGAGACAUUAGGGAAUAAUUGUAAAGAACCUGACGGAAAAACUACUACCACGAACCCAGAAGGAAAACAGGAUAAAAAUGAAACAGACGCCAAGACAGAUAGGAGGGAAGAGGAGUUACUGUCUCCAGAUGUAGACUAG